CUGUGAUUGUCCCUUCUCUCUCCGGCCGUGGCCGAGCCCAGCAGCGGCAGGGUUAAGGCCAGCGGCGGGCGCUGGACGGGCGUCAAGGUGGUUGCUCCAUCCCUGCGCGGGGGCCGGGAGCGCGCACGGAGCCGCCCGCCACCAUGAGCGCAGGCAGAGCGGGCAGGGCCCCGCUCCUGCUGCCCCUGGCCCUGCUGUUGGCCACCGCGUCCCAGCCCCACGAUGGGGACGUCCCCAAGGAGCCCGCGGAGCCCCUGCGCUGCCCCAGCCCCUGCGCCUGCAGCCUGGACGACUACAGCGAGGAGCUCAACGUCUUCUGCAGCGGCCGCAACCUGACGCAGCUCCCCGAGGACGUCCCCGCCAACGCCAAAGCCCUCUGGCUGGACGGCAACAACUUCACCCAGCUGCCGGCCGCGGCCUUCAGGAACCUCUCGGGGUUGGAUUUCCUGGACCUGCAGAGCAGCCAGCUGGCCGCCGUGGAGCAGCACGCCUUCCACGGGCUGCGCAGCCUCUACCACCUCCACCUCGAGCGCAACCGCCUCAAGCACUUGGCGCCCCACACCUUCCUGCACACCCAGAACCUCGUCUCCCUCAGCCUCAACAACAACUUCUUCAGCAAGGUGGAGGAAGGGCUGUUUGCCGGGCUCUCCAACCUGUGGUACCUGAACCUGGGCUGGAACUCGCUGGUUGUGCUGCCCGACAAGGUUUUCCACGACCUGCCCAACCUGAGGGAGCUGAUCCUGGCGGGGAACAAGCUCCCCUACCUGCAGCACCAGCUCUUCUGCAGCCUUACGGAGCUGAAGGAGCUGGACCUGAGCGGGAACGCGCUCAAGGGCAUCAAAAUCAACAUCUUUGUCAAGCUGCAGAAGCUGCAGAAGCUUUACCUGAACCACAACCAGAUCAACGCCAUCGCACCCCGCGCCUUCAUGGGCAUGAAGUCCCUCCGGUGGCUGGAUCUGUCCCACAACCGCCUCGUCUCGCUCUUCGAGGACACGUUUCUGGGCCUCCUGAGCCUGCACGUCCUACGCUUGUCCACCAACUCCAUCAGCAGCCUGCGGCCCAGGACUUUCAAAGACCUCCAGUUCCUGGAGGAACUGCAGCUGGGCCACAACAGGAUCAGGAGCCUGGCCGAAAGGACCUUCGAGGGGCUGGGCCAGCUGGAGGUGCUGAGCCUCAACAACAACCAGCUGCAGGACAUCAGGGUUGGGGCGUUCCUCGGGCUCUACAACGUGGCGGUGAUGCACCUGUCUGCCAACUGCAUCAAAUCCCUCCCCGAUUUCGUCUUCAAGGGGGUCACCAAGCUGCACAGCCUCCACCUGGAGCACAGCUGCCUGGGCAGGAUCAGGGCUGGCACCUUCUCCGGCCUCUCCAGCCUGCGGCGCCUCUUCCUGCAGCACAACGCCGUGGCCGUCAUCGAGGACCGGAGCUUCAGCGAACUGCACGAGCUCCUGGAGCUCGACCUGAAGCACAACAGGCUGAGCCACCUCUCCUCCCAGCUCUUUGUGGGUCUGAGCAACCUGGAGUACCUCUUCCUCUCCUCCAACCAGCUCCUGGACGUCUCGCAGGACGCCUUCAGCCCGCUCCAGAGACUUUUCUGGCUCGACCUCUCCCAUAACCAGCUGGAGACGCUGGACAACGCCGUCGUCUCCCCCCUGGCCAACCUGCGGUACCUCAGCCUGAGCAACAACUCCCUGGAGACCUUCUCGGUGGGCUUCCUCUGCCCUUCCUUCGCCCUGGAGCAGCUGUGGCUGGGGGGGAACAACUGGCACUGCAACUGCUCGCUGAAGGGGCUGCGGGACUUCUCCCUGCGGCACCCCGCGGUGGUCCCGCGCUUCGUGCAGUCCGUGGCCGAGGGGGACGACUCCCACGUCCCCGUCUACACCUACAACAACCUCACCUGCCGCCACCCCCCCGGCCUCGCAGGCCUGGACCUCCGCGACACCAGUGAGGACAGCUUUGCCCACUGCUGACACGUGCCCGUCCUCGCCGUGCCGGGCUCACCGGGGCAGUGAUGGGAGCGACGGCUCCACCGCUGUGUCCUGGACCUGGGGAAGGCGAGGGGGGGGGACAGGCACCAGCUCCACGAACCAAAGUCUUUGAGUCUAGAGGUGUUUAGAGACCAGCACCCAUCGCCAGGACAGAGCAAAGCACGCUCCUGACACAAAGCGGGAGGUCGGGUGGCUUCACCCUGUCCCCACAGGUGGGCAGCACCCAACCUCCCUAAGCCCCCACACCUCACCCAGGGCCCCCAGCAUCUCCCCCUCCAGCCCCAUCCACCAGCAGGACCCCGUGUGUCAGAAAAUCAGCACUAGAACCCAGCCCACGGGGUCACCUCCGCCCCGGGUAGGUUUAAGGGUAAAACAGAAAUCCCAAAUUCCCCGUUGAGCUCCCCUGUCGGCUUGGGGAAGGGGGCGGAGGGCUCGCUUGGAGAGCCCCUUGCCACGGCUGAUGCAGGCGGGGUACAGAAAGCCACACACACACAUGUGUCACUUACCCGAUAAAUCGCAAGCAGACAAAUAAACCUUUGGAGCUAUCGCAA